AUGAAAGCUACCCCUAUAAUUCAAGGGUUGACUUUGGAUCAUGUUAAAGGUGAAGGGAUUGGAGUACCAGAAGCGAUAAAAAAGCUUGUAAAAGAAGGUGUAAGAGGAUCUCUUCAUGUUGCUGCUUCAGGAGGAAGUUUAGAAGUUUGCAAAUACUUGAUUGAGAAUUUGAAACUUGAUAUGGAUACCAAAGAUGGAAAGGGUAUUAUAUCACCCCAUUUCUUUUUGACUGUUGUUGUUGCUGAUGAUGGUGUUGCUGCUACUGAUCCACCUCCUACUGGUGGUUCCAAGGACAUUGUUUCUCAAACUCCUGAGGAGAAACAGAAGGCCAUUGUCAAAUGGAUCGAUGAUGACUUUGACUGCAAAAACUACAUUCUGAUUUGUGGCACACCCUUGCAUCAUGCAGUUAUAAAAGGGCAUUUCGACACGGUUAGAUAUCUUCUUGAAAAGGGUGCCAAUGCUGAUGCGUCAAAUAAUAGGAAUAUCGCUGCUUUACAUUUUGCUGCAAAGUCAGGUGAUGCAAAGAUAAUAACCUUGUUACUUUCAAAGGGUGUUCGUCUAGAUAUUGCAACUAGGUAUGGCACUGCCCUUCAGUGUGCUGCUAGUCUUGGUCAUCGAGAUGCUGUUAAAAUGUUGUUGGAUCACGGUGCAAACCCUAAUGUUGUUAGUAGUGAGGAUGUGUUUAAACCACUAAUUUCGGCAAUUAUUGCCAAGUCAUGGGAAUGUGUGGAACUUUUACUGCAGGCAGGUGCUGACCCAAAUGCUGUGACAUAUGGAAAUACACCUCUGGUAUUUGCAGCAAGAGAUGGAAGCGCAGAUGUCAUUAAGCGCUUACUGGAAGCUGGUGCGGGUCCAAAUUAUAAGAUGAAUGCAGGGCUGACAGCAUUAGAAGUUGCCGCUGUUAAGUGCAAUUAUCAAAAUGUUGGGGUUCUUUUUCCUGUGACAUCUCACACUCCAACUUAUCCCGAUUGGAGCAUUGCCGGACUACUGAGGGAUGUAGAAUCUGAUGCAAAUGAAAUGCAGAGGGAAGUCCAUGAGAAGGAGAUAUUUCAUCAGGCAAUUACUGAAUUACAAAAGCAAAAGAUGCAUUCCAAGAAAAGCAAAGAUCCACCAGUACUGGCCAACAUGAGUGUCUGUUUUGCACGUCUGGGUGACGGAAACAAUUCGCUUGUUUAUGCCACUAAAUGCGUGGAUGCAAUGCCUGAAUGGCCGAAUGCAUAUCAUAGGUUAGGUGUGGCGCUCACUAUACAAAACAGAUAUGAUGAUGCAGCUGAUGCCUUCAACAAGGGUUUGACUCUUGAUCCGAGAAACAAAGAGCUUAAAGAUGCCUACAUGAAAGUUAUGGAAGCUAGAUUGAACUCUAUGAAAGUGUAA